AUGUUGGGCAAAACAGUACCUGGCUCUCAUUCUAGUAAUACCGCUAGUAACAGUCCGGUAAGCAAAGAAAGGUAGGUAAGUUUCAUUCAAUGUCCCACUAAGUACCGCUUAAUCGUUAUUUUACAUUAAAACUAAGAUAGAGUGAGACUGAAUUAUCAAAGGUUAUCAACCAAACGAUUUUAAAGCAUCCUAUAGAAAAUGUUCUUCCGUGAUAAACAGUAUCAAUUGAACGCAUUGCAAAAACCUAUCGGGAGAAUAGAAGAUACAUUAAAAGUAACGACAACAGUAUUGUACAAGUUGUACUUAUAGAUGGUAAAAGUAUUUUAAGUACGCUUUUACUAAAGGCACCAAGAACUCUCGACCUGUCUUUUUUCAUUCUUCUUACAUAUCUUUUCUGUAAAACGAACUUAGUAACACCUACAACAAACUCACUUCAAUCUGGUUAACUCUGGUCGUCUCCCUAACUCCGUUCCCUUCCUCGCUCUUUCCCACUCACCACUUCUCACUCUUCUAUUUCUUACUGACUUCUAAUUGAACUCUCUUAAAUGCUUUUAAAAAUGCUUAAAUAUUCGCUAUUGGUAGGCAUAAGUGGGCAUGCUGGCUAACUGAUCUUGGAAGAUUAAACAUUUGUUGUCAAAACUCUGUAACCCUCAUGCUUUAGCGAAACUCUCACAAAUGAACAACUCCACACUUGAAUGCUUCCCAUCAACCAAAUCAGUCUUUAACUGAGUUCGUAUGGCACCAUGUUUUCUUUCACAUGCGGCUCCUGUUCUGUGCGCUUGAGCUCUGCUCAUAUUUAUUCGUGAUUUAAACGGGAUACGCUGCUACUCCGGUAAUUUGCUGUCUAAAGGCAAACAUUAUCUGCUGAUACAUGGUAGCAGGAUUGUUCCAUCAGACCACAAAAUCUGCAAAUAGUUUCACUUUACUAACAAAAUAACGAUGUAAUUAUCAACUGGGAGUUCAGCUGUUUAUGUGAAAAAAAAAAAAAAAGCUGACGCAAUUUUAUUCCCUUUCAGCGCCUACAACAAGAAAAUAUGCAGUCAUCGCCGACAUAUAUCUUCACACUACUCGUUUUGAGUGUGGAUAUUUUUUUUGGUAGGUACUUAAUGCAUGUUUUCAAGCUCAAGAUUAUAUGCUCAGAGAGUAUGAAAUACACUGGCUUGGUUCUGAUUCAUUCUAAUGCAUAUGCGCUGACGAGAUUGAAGGAGACAACUGCAGAAAACGCAAGUCAGUGCUUCAACUAUCGUAGGAUAAUCGAUUUAUGCAUUUGUAGAUUCUCUUUCGCGGAACAUAGCACAGUCUUAUGAUUCUUGCACAGGGCUUCCUUGUCCACCUGGCAAAAAGACGGACGAUCCUCAAGGCCGUUGCUGUGUUUUUCCUUUUGAGUAUGGAGGAAAAACUUACCAAUCUUGUACCAAGGUAGCUCAUCACAGAUUGUGGUGUUCAUUUGACGAAGUUUACAAAGGACAAUGGGCUAACUGCGGUAAGAAAUAAAUAUUACAAAUAUGGCAAUUUUAAAUUCAAUAAAUAAGUUUUUGAAACCAUUAUUACUUUUAUUGACCGCCUGUAAGAUGCAAAAUAGCAUUCAACGCUAACCCUUCAGAAAUAGGUUACCGAGGCCGCCUAAAGCAAAGUUUUUGUUAUGAACCCUAGUAAACCCGUGCACAAACAGCCCUUGCCAAAAUGGGGGAGUCUGCACAGUAACUGGAGAUGACUCUUACAGCUGCAAAUGUGCCGACGGAUAUUAUGGACAAACCUGUGAAAAAGGUAGAAGCACGAUAAAUAUGGUCGUUUUAGACAUUUUUUGCAAAUAGAGGCUAUUAAUUUCUUUUAUUAUUAUUUAAACAUAUUUAUCAUUGUUUUCCCCAAAAGCGCCAAGGCAUAACGAGGGGGAUUACAGUGUUACAAAUAUAAAAUCAAUUUAUUCAGGCUCACACAGGAACAAACUCAUAACCAACACACACAAGUUGCAAUACAACGAGUUAAACUUACUAAGCUAGGAAUAUAUUAAUUAAACAAUCAAACAAUGGCCUCAGAGAAGCGAUUAGUGUUAAUUAUAAAACUUUGUACUUCGCGAAAAAAGGUACAGCUGACGUCGUAAUUUACAGACUCAUCACCGUACAAUAAAAAAUUUAGUUUCCUAGCAUCACCGCCGGAUGACCAUGUUUCAGCUAGAAUAUUAGCAGUAGAGGUAAGGAGGACCUCACGUUGAGCGGCAUACCUCGGGAAAUACAAGAAAAAGUGUUUCACCGAUUCAGAAUCAAAACUGCACUCGCAAAUAAGCGACACACAACUAUUAAUUUUGAAGAGAUAUUCUCUUAGUAUAGGUAAUCACAUGAUUUCGAGUACAAUUUCGAUAAGCACGAGUAAAUUUUUUUAAGACUAACAAAAUUGCACGAGCCCGUUGGGCGAGUGCAAUUUGUGGCCUUUGAAAAAAUUAACAAGUGCUUAGUUAUUACAAAUUGCACGAGAAAAAUUAUGUAAUUACGUGUUAAUAAUAUGUAUAAAAAAAUACGAGAGAGCUUAUCAUAAUUAAUUAAGCAGAAGAAAAGCGCGCAUCAAGUGCAAAAAUAAUUUAUUUAAACCGUGUACGAUCAAAAAAAUAAUAUACAAUGAUAUCUUCACAUCUUUAAGGCGCAAAAAAGUUUAAAGUCCGGCUAAACAGUUCAAGGAAUUGUUCAGUCUGUCCGAAUCACUAUCAAUGAAAUGGAAUCGUCGUUUCCGAGGUUUAACCAUGUAAUUUUCGAUUUCCUUGGCAAUUCCCUUCUUUAAACACAACUUUUUCCAAACCAAAAACCAAAAACCAGUGCUUUUAGCAGUGUUUUCGUUGUUAGAGCUGUUUUUCAGCUGCGGUGGUGAAAUAAAACUUACUCAAAACACCGGCCAUUGUUUCGCUCGCAAUUUUUUAAAUUUUCAAAUUUUGUUGCGAUAUCUAAGGCUCGCAUUUGAUUGGCUAUCUGUGAGUUUCUUGCAUUAUUGACCAAUUAGAAUGUAUGGUUUGUUUAAGAAUUUGUUCCUGCUUAGCGCGCGUAUACCGAGUUAAGGAUGCACGCGGGAAGUUUGGAGAGCACGAACGGCUAGAGAUUGGCGUUUAUUGUGAAUCGGAGCAGGCGGUCCCGCCUCUUAAUUGACAGGCGCACUUUACUAUACAUCCAUGUUUAAUCCUUAGCAAGUAGUGUUACCGUUUUCAGUGGAAUGUACUUCUCAAUAAUCAAACGAAAGUAGCCAUACCACCUUGACUAUAUUUCAUCUAUGUCUUUAACAUUUUCAUACAAAGAGAUCCAGUCUGAUUCCCCAUUCAUAUUUGUAGUGUCGACGUUAUUAAAAUUCCACACCCGCCUUUUGUAAGAUCGACUUCUGUAAGCGAAGAUAUUCAUAUUUGAGAAGAUAACAGAAUGGUCACAACUGGAAGGGGGAUUUAAAGUCCCAGAAGUACUAAAACGCCCUGGAAAAGUUGUGGUAACUAAAUCCAAUAUCGUCAAACUGUGACAAGUGACACGAGUUGGCUCCGCUAUCAGCUGUGCCAAGUUGUUAUUUUCUAAGAAACUGUAUAAUUUUUUUACCUACAUCAUUAUUCCCUGAUGGAUUUGUAGAGUCGUAAUGAGCAUUGAAAUCUCCCAAUACAACAACCCUAUAUUGUUUCGGUGGUUGACGAAUUUUAUCAAGAAACAGCUCAAAAUAUUCGAAGAAAUUAGCAAGGAAAACAAUAUCGUCAUCAUCGGGCGGCCUGUAACAAACGCCACAGGGAACAUCAAGGUGUGAUGCGGAAUUCAAUCCAAAGGAAUUCUAUGGCGUCAAAUUCCAAAUUUAACCUACGCUUAGCCACGAGGGUACUAACCGUGAAGAAUGCAACUCCACCACCUAUUCUGUCGUGCCUGUCAAGUCGGAUAAUAGGGUUGUACCCUGCAAUUUGUAAACAAUCACUGCACACGCGAUCGUUGAGCCAGGUUUCCGUGACUGCAAAAACAUCAAACUCAUCAUCUCUCACCAGCAAAGAAAUCUCUUCAAACUUGUCACCCACGUUCAAACUUCUGGCAUUUAAGUGAUCGAACUUGAAAAAAGGUUCCGGAUUUAGUUCAACAUCAUUAGACAAAACUAUUCUAAGAACGAUACAGACUGCAAUCCAUAAAAUAAUAUAUUAGACUAAAUACCACAUCGUUAGAGGACAGCAUAAACUUACGAAAGGUACAAACUAGCACUGGGGCAAUAUGAUAAAUAUGGUCCAAACAUUCAUUGAAUAUUAAAGAAAAUGAAUCCUGUGGUUCGUCGUUACUUAAAAAUAAAUAGUUUCAAGAUUUAAACAAUAGUUCAUAUUUUGUCAACCACUAAUUAAUAAAAACAUGAAGUCUUCGACCAUCUGACUUCGGUUUUAAAGAAUCUUCCCGUCCGAAGUUCAGGAAGCAUCAGCAUUAACACACUUAACUCAAGCAGUGUAAAAUAGUUUCUGGGUGGAUUUUGGUUACCCUCUUCAUUGAUGUAAGGGCCAGAAAAUCCUAAAGAUUUUUUAAGUUCUUCAUUAUUGUGAGUUUAUCCUUGUGCCUUUUCAAGCAAACAAAGAUUGCUCUAUUAGCUCCUUCCUCUUUCUCACCUACCCGGUUAGCUCUGUCAACUGUAUCAUCGCUGACUUCCAAACCAAUUUUUUCCCUGCCAUAGACACAAAUCAUUACCUUCGAUGUGUCAAUGGCACUUAAAUACCUUUGCAUAUUUCAUUUCCUGAGAUGAAGCCUUUCAUGUUUAAGGUAAUUUUCUGUGUGAAAAGCAAAUCCACUUACCUCAGCAAAUAAAUAGCAGAAGUCGCUUAAUGAAAAGUUUUGUUAUGACCUUAGUAAACCCGUGCACAAACAACCCUUGCCAAAAUGGAGGAGUCUGCACAGUAAAUGGAGACGACUCUUACAGCUGUAAAUGUGCCGACGGAUAUUAUGGACAAACCUGUGAAAAAGGUACAAGCACGAUAAAUAUGAUCGUUUUAGACUUUUUUUUUGCAGAUAGAGGCUAUAAAUUUGCUAACCAUAAUGGACUACUACUCUGCCAAUCAUAAUGUUUCAUUUCCUCAGUGAGCCCUUGUAAAUCACAUCCAUGUAAAAACGGUGGAACAUGCACAUUGACGUGUCUUGAUUCAUUCUCAUGCCAAUGCACUGAUGACUUUGAAGGAGACACUUGCGAAAAGCGUGAGUAACGUUUUGACAGUACAUCAGUAAUGUUAAGCUUAAGCUUUUGUGCAUGUGUAAAUUAAUUUUGUAAAGAACGUGACGCAAUUAUUCUGAUUCUUCCACAGGACUCCCUUGCCCACCUGGGAAAAAGACGGACGAUCCUCAAGGCCGUUGCUGUGUUUUUCCUUUUGAGUAUGGAGGAAAAACUUACCAAUCUUGUACCAAAGUAGCUCAUCACAGAUUGUGGUGUUCAUUUGACAAAGUUUACAAAGGACAAUGGGCUAACUGCGGUAAGAAAUAAGCAUCUCAAAUUUGAAUACAAAACAAAACUUAUUGUGGGAUCAUCUGCUAGAAUAGCCAUUUUUUUCAUAAAAUGUACUGUUUGUUAUUGGAACUAAAAAAUGUAGAUGCUACUGUUUAGAGGUAGGAAAUUUUAGGGAAGUCUUUCAAAAAGUGUUUUAGAGAACCUUUCAUGAGGUGUUACUGAGA